AUGGGUAUAAUUCAAUUUUGUUGUAUGAAGUCCAUUUUAACCAUAAUAUUACUCACCUUUAUCACGAACAAUACAUUAUACACACACUCUAUUGGCUUAAAGGCGAGUUCAAAGGAUAACCAAAAAUUGACCAGUUCUGGCACAUCACGUUAUAUGGAACCGCAUACACAUAAUACAAGUGAAGAUCCUAACAACAUCCCAUUGAAUAAUCUGACAAUUGAAGUGUUGCCAAAUGACGACGAAGAAGAUGAUGGUUUCCUUCAAUUUGGAUUAUUGAGAGAUGCCUAUGGCUAUGGAGAAUCAUUAAAGACGAUUGGAAGCGAAUGA